AUGAAAGAUGGCCUCACGGCCCCUUCUCGGGUGCAAGAAUUGGUUUCUGUAAUGAAGAAGGAGCAAGAUUGUGUUGUUAAGAAUGCUGAUGCGACAAGGCAGUGGGCUGCUGUCGCAAGCACUAUUGCUGCUACAGAGAAUAAAGAUUGUCUUGAUCUUUUUGUUCAAUUAGAUGGACUUUGGUUCAUCAACAGAUGGUUAAAGGAUGCCCAAAAUUUGGGUGCUGAUAACAUGAAUGAUGGCUUCAUUGAAGAGUCAAUUACUUCAAUGUUACGAGCAGUUGAAAAACUAUGUCUAGACAGUGAAAAGUCAACUUCAUCAGGAAUUUCAGUAACUGUCAUUAACCUUCUUGGCCAUCACAGCUCCAAAGUGCAGGAUAGAGCAAGAGCAUUAUUUGACCACUGGAAGGAAGGUGGGCAUGGAGAUGCUGAAUCUCGAGAUAAUGCAGAUCUUGAUAGACUUGACAAUGAGAGUGAUAAGAUUGCAAGGGGGGAAGGCCAGCCAUCUUGUGGGAAUGAUGAAGCUGGUAGUGACAAUCAUCAUACAUCUCAACUUGCUGGGGGCGAGAAGUCUCUAUUGGGAGACUCAGAUAGUCAACUACAAGAGAAAGUUUCUGGUUUUCAGGUACAGAGUGUUGACAAUGCACUCCAAUCCUCUGUAAGUUUGGAUUGUGAAGAUAUCAAAGAGAAAUCAAGCCAUGUUGAUAGUGCUUCGGCUUCUGUUCAAGAAUCUACCUUAUGUGAAGGUGAGUCCACAUUGGCUGAGACCUGUAACUUACCUGUUACUAGACAAGGCAGUUUCAAAGGACAAGAUGAUUUACAGUUAAAUGACUUUUCCAAAAAGGAAAAGCAAGACCAAGAUGUUAAUGAUCCUCCUGAAUUAAGAUCAUCAGAUAUCUCUUCUACAUCUGCAAAGCCAGAUCCUGAACCUGAUUCUACUGGUGAUAGUGAAGCAAAAGGAUUGGAAUCUGUUAAAAAAGAACCUGCUUCAGAACAUAAUGUUGAAAGCAAUGAAAAUGUCGUUUGUCCUAAAAUAAUUGUUUCUGGUAGCAUGCGAACACCUGCAUCUGAUGGAAUGAGUGAGGGUGAUAAUGUCAGAGCUACAAAUUCUAGUAAUCCACAACUUUCCAAAGCAUCAGAAAACGAUGAUGACAGUUGUUCAAAAAUGUUUCCCGAGUUAUCUGUCACUGGAAAUAACUUGGAAAAGCCUGAGAUGUCUGUCCUCAAAUCCGAUUAUGUUGGAGCAGUAAUUGAAAACAAAGACCAAGAGUCUGAUCAAGAUGAUCAUACGUCAAAUGGCUCUGGUUCUUUUAAUCAGGGAAAAGGUCCAAGAAGCCCUAACAUUAUUGACAAGGGUUCUGACAUGGAAAUUGAGUAUGGUAUUGUUGAUGCUUUAGAAGUUGCUCGACUAGUUGCCCAAGAAGUUGAGAGAGAAUGUGCCAGUCCUGUAAAGGAAGGGAAUGGCCAUGGUUCUAAUUGUACCACAAAUGGUUCUGAUUCUUUUAAAUGGAGAAAUGGUCCCAAAAGCUCUAAUGUUAUUGGCAAGAGUUCUGAAAUUGAACUUGAUUAUGGUAUGGUUGAUGCUUUAGAAGUUGCCCGACAAGUUGCUCAGGAGGUUGAGAGAGAAGUUUGCAGCUCUUCAGAGAAAAUCUCAGAAGGUGGAAUUAGGCAGGCAGGCAGCCUUGACUCUGUAGGAAGAAAGGAUGAGGUCACUCAUGUCCUGCCUGAGGAAGUAUCAUCCAGGCAAAGCAACUCUGCUGAAGUGUGUUCUGAAGAGGUGGGACGUCAGAGUGUUUCAGAUAAUGUCGAGGCUGGGCUAGAUGACUUGGACUCCUCGCAAGUUACUGAAGCAGCUCGAGACCCAGGAGGUAAUUCAGAUAAAAGUCUCUGUACUUUUGAUCUCAAUGAAGAAGUUGGUUCUGAUGAUAUGGAUGUAUCUGUAAAUGCUAUGUCUACUAUGCCAAUACCAGUUGUCUCUGCUUCAAAACCUGCACAAUCUUCUGGGUUACCAAUGGCCCCUCUGCAGUUUGAGGGGACCCUCGGAUGGAAAGGGUCAGCUGCCACCAGUGCCUUUCGCCCUGCAUCACCUCGCAAAAAUUCUGACAGUGAGAAGAACGUUGCUGUUGGUAGGAACUGUGAGAUUUCCAAGCAGAGGAAUUGUUGCCUUGAUUUUGAUCUGAAUGUGGCGGAAGGUGAAGAAGGAUUGGUAAAACAACUUGGUGCAUCUUCAGGCCUUCCUUCUGGCCAAUCAUCAGUGGAACUUAGUCCUAAAAGAUCAAACAGGUUCGAAUUGGAUUUAAACAGUACUGGGGAUGAUGGUGAUGGCCAACCUUCAGAUCAGAGGAUAGAGGGUCCACUCUUUUCUGGAAGAAAUGGUUAUUGGAGCCCUUCACCUGCGUCAUCGUCAUCAUCAAUGCAACCUUCAGUACGGAACAUUGAUUUGAAUGACAGACCGUACUUUCAAACGGAUUUAGUGGACCAAGGGCAUAGUAAGUCAUCUUCGAUUAUUGAAGCAUAUAAACGGUCUAAAUUGGAUGCUCCUGUUAUCUCUAUUUUAGGUGCCAAGGUGGAAGUUAGUAGAAGAGAAUAUGUUCCUCAAAGUUUGUCGUUGCCAAAUGGCAAGGCUAUUGAGCCAGCAAUGGAUCUUCCAUUGUCAGGAGCAGGUGGCAUUUUAGGAAUGGCUCCCCCACUUUCCUACAAUCAUUCAAAUGCUUUUGGGUAUAAUGGACUCACAUCGGUGCCUGCUUUGUCUUUUUCAUCAGCCAUGUAUGGACCAUCUGGUGGCCCACUUCCAUACAUGGUAGACUCGAGAGGUACUCCGGUUGUGCCUCAGGUUGGGGGAUCUUCCUCAACCGUCCUGUCAUCUUAUACUCAGUCUCCAUUUAUUGUAAGCAUGACUGGCACGCAACUUGGUUUAAAUGGGGUUGGAUCUUCACAUCCAAACUUUGAUCUAAACUCCGGAUUCACGAUUGAUGGCCCGAACAGAGACAUGUUGACUGCAAGGCAAUUUUUCUUUCCUGCUCAAGGCAGAGGUAUUGAGGAGCAUGUAAGGCCCCUUCCACAAUCCUCUAGUUCUGGGGUUACUGUGAAAAGAAAGGAACCGGAGGGUGGCUGGGAAACCUAUCCACGUAGCUACAAACAUCAGCAACCUCCUUGGAAAUAG